AUGGGCGCCGAAGCCUUCAGCAGCAGCAACAGCACCGCCACCUUUCCGGAGAUGGAGAAGGACCUCAAGAUCCCUCGCCACAUCGCCGUCAUUAUCGAUGGCAACCGUCGCUACGGCAAGAACAAGUACGGCUCGGGUACUCGCGGUCACUCGGACGGCACCAAGACCGUCAUGAACUUCACGGACUGGUGCAUCGACGCUGGGGUUGAAGCCCUCACAGUCUUCGCCUUUUCCACGGGUGAAGAACUGGAAGCGUGA